UCUCUAUUCUCUAUUCUCUUCUUUCUUCUAUAUACCGGAGGUGCUCCCCUCUCGAAGUGAACUAUUUUUCUGUGUGAAUCCCGAGAGGAGUGUUACAGCUAUCCACAACCCAUGGACCACCAGCACUCCCCCAAAUCGCCCCAAACCCCAUCCCCACCGACGGCUACCGCAGCCACCACCACCGAUGCUACCUGCCGCAAAUGCGGUAGUCCCACCACCUUCACACCACCGCUGCCAUGGUCCGAAGUCAGCCCGCCUCCGACAUACCGCCCCAUCCGCUCUCCGGCCAUUAAUCUUCCCCCAAACAACCACUCCCAGCAGGCCAUAAUCCUCGCCCCUGUCCCAAAGUCCCAAAAGGUCCCUCUCGUCUCCCCUCCCUACCACUUCCUACUCCCCACCAAAAGACUCCUAUCCCCCGAGGACAUCCGCCGCUUCCUAGACUCAGACGCCGCCAAGAACUUUCUCGGCUUCAUCGUCGCUCUCUCCGAGUCCAUCCGCUCCCACAAAAUCUCCGACCCAUGCCACUUGUCCCCGACAAUCAACUCCAUCGUCUCUAUCAUCGAGACACUAAUUCGCUGGAUCGACGAAAUCCCUCCGCUUCAGCAAGCCUCUCGCUAUGGCAACCUCUCUUACCGUACGUGGCAUGACCGUCUGGCCGAAACCAGCGAGUCCUUGAUGCUCAGUUUUCUUCCCGACGAUCUCCAAUCCGCCACGGUCGAGAUCAUUCCAUACUUCGCCGAUAGUUUCGGGAACUCGAGUCGCAUUGACUACGGUACCGGCCACGAAACCAACUUCGCCGCUUGGUUGUACUGCUUAGCUCGGUUGGGGCUCAUCAAAGAGGAGGAUUACCAAGCUGUUGUGGCUAGGGUUUUUGUGAAGUAUCUCGAAUUAAUGAGAAAGUUGCAAUUGGUUUAUUGCUUGGAGCCUGCGGGUUCGCACGGGGUUUGGGGCCUCGACGACUAUCAUUUUCUGCCGUUUAUCUUCGGAUCGUCGCAGCUGAUCGAUCACAAGUAUAUGAAGCCCAAAUCAAUUCAUAAUCAGGAUAUACUGGAUAAUUUUUCGAAUGAGUAUCUGUACCUUGAGUGCAUUGCGUUUGUUAAGAAGGUGAAGAAGGGUUUGUUCGCGGAGCACUCGCCCUUAUUGGAUGAUAUAACCGUAGUGCAUACUUGGAACAAAGUCAACAGCGGGCUGCUGAAGAUGUACAAGGUGGAGGUCUUGGAGAAGGUCCCUAUCAUGCAGCAUUUUCUGUUUGGGUCGCUUAUAAAAUGAUCAAUUGACUGAGAAGGUCUUCAUAGUGGAGGUGUCUUGACUGUCCGUCCUCAGUGGUUAGGAAUUGUGUGGUAAGAUUGAAAAAGAGACACUAUGAAGCUCAUUCUUCCAUGCGGAUCAUAUUAUUGCCAUCAGUAGCUUUAUGAUAGAAGUUGCUAUAAUUUUGCUGACAAAACCACUCAAGAUAAUGCUGAAGACUGUCUUGCAGGAAACUCCUUGCCAAGUGCCGUGCACCCCCAGGAUUAGUACCAAUAAAAAAAAAAAAGAAAUGCUGAAGACUGUCUUGCAAUAUGUGAGAUAAGUUUGUGACAGUUUGAGAAGUUUCUAUUAUUAGGCAUGGUACUAAUUAAGUUCUUUAAGCUAUAUGGAAUCACCUCACCGUUGGACGCUAGUUGGAUGAUUUUGCCAAUUUACAUUGAACAGCAUAUGGAUGAAUUCUCUGGGAUUAAUUUACCAUUAGCCAUAGGGCCACUGUAAGAGUAAAUUUGAUGGACCACCUGUUAAACUAUUACUUUGAGCCUUUUUCUCUUUGUGGAUGUUCGUGGGUGGUGUUAUUCGGAGCAAUUUUCAACUUUGGAUUCCUUUCUACUCAAGAGUUGGUUUCUGAUUGAUAAUUAAACCUCUUUUUUGUUUUUUUCCUAGCAAGGCUAAUGUGAUAGUUGUUAUAUAUAUACAUGCUUAUGAUUAAGGGAAAUGAUUAAUAUUGAACUGAUUUCGUCUUUUCUUUUUCAUCUACUGUCAGGGAGUAAGGUGUUGGAUCACCUUAUUUGCAAUUAGCCGUGGAACCCAGAAAGUUGUUUCUUACGACGGCCCUUGCUAUUACAAGUAAGGAAACUUAUUAAAUUGGAAACAUACUUUUGGUAGCAUGUUCCCGUUGAGGAUUUUUUUUUUUUUUUGGUUCUUAUAUGUGUUUGUGUGUGUGUGUAUAUAUAUAUAUAUAUAUAGCACAGUUAUGAAAGUUUAUCGGCAUUUUAGUGAAGGAAAAUGAUAGAAAUUUUUGUAAUAAUUUCUUUACAAACUCUGUUUUAAAUGGACAACAUUUUUGUAAAAAUGAGUUGGAAGAGUAUCAUUAUUUUA